GGUGUAAACGGGAGAGGGUUGUGCUGCGCAUGUGCAGCCUUUCUAGCGUUGCCAUUUUGGUAGGUGGUGCCCGGGCAGGACGGAGGCGGCUCUGCAGUGCUAUCAUGGGGAACACCGCCAGUGAGAGGGUGUCUGGGGAACGCCAUAGCUCCAAGUCUCACCGCUCAGAUGGGGCCAGCAGCACCCACCAUGCCAAGGAUCAUUCACACAAAAUCAUGGUUGGCAGUACUGAUGAUCCCAAUGUCUUCAGCACCCAUGACUCCAAGCUUCCUGAGGAAAAGGGUUUUGUAUCAUGGCACCAUGACUUAGAUGAGUCAAUCAAGCCAACCCAGCAGGCUCGGCCCACUGUCAUCCGCUGGACUGAUGGAGGCAAGGAAGUCUUCAUCUCAGGAUCGUUCAACAAUUGGAGCACUAAGAUUCCCCUCAUUAAAAGCCACAAUGACUUUGUUGCUAUCCUGGACCUUCCUGAAGGUGAACACCAGUACAAGUUCUUUGUGGAUGGCCAGUGGGUACAUGAUUCCUCUGAGCCCGUGGUCACCAGUCAGAUGGGGACAAUUAACAAUAUUAUUCAUGUCAAGAAGUCUGACUUUGAAGUGUUUGAUGCUUUAAAAGUGGACUCCCUGGAAAGUUCAGAAAUUUCCUGCCGAGACCUUUCUGGCUCCCCUCCUGGAAUUUAUGGCCAGGAAAUGUAUGUAUAUCGGCCAGAGGAGCGUUUCAAAUCCCCACCAAUCCUUCCUCCCCAUCUCCUCCAGGUCAUACUUAACAAGGACACUAAUGUUUCAUGUGACCCAGCCCUCUUGCCUGAGCCAAACCACGUAAUGCUGAACCAUCUCUAUGCACUCUCAAUUAAGGAUGGUGUCAUGGUGCUCAGUGCUACCCAUCGCUACAAGAAGAAAUAUGUUACUACUCUCCUCUACAAACCCAUCUGAGUCAGGUCCUACUCAUUCCUUUGGGGACAGAGAGGCUGCAGAUUUGUCUGCACACCCCAAUAGGCCGGGCAGACAGCUUCUAGAUUCUUUUGUCAGAGGCAAAAGUUGUGUAUAAUCCCAGCCCCAUCUUGGUUUUUCAUGCUAAGAACUUGUUUUUCUGAUGACUUUUUCUGACAUAGAGCUUGCACCCCUUAGUUGCACAAACUAGUUGAACCACAUUUUUGGGUGCAUUCUCUCUUCUACACUGCAAACUAUGGCAAAAAUGGCUCCCUUUGGGGGAAAGUUAAGGAACAAGAUAAGAGGCUUGAGUCCCUCUUCUUGUUGGCUUAUCCUGCGCACCCUUUUGCAACCCUCUCCCUGCCCAAGAGUUUUUGAGGAGUGGCGCAGCAUCAAGACACAGACAGGCACUUCUUUAUUUCACCUAGCCUUGGCAGAGUCACCUGCUUCCUGACUUCAUGUUAUAGUUGUUUUUGUUUUUACAUGAUGCCUGUGGCUGGGCACUUUACAAUUAGGGUGGGGGCGAGGGCAGAAGAUGCCCAGAGAGGGGAGAUGUAUGUAUAUUGGCCAGAUGGUGAUGUAGAAUUGGUCCAACAUAUGGCCACAUGGAGCCUCCAGAUUCAGGUGUGGUAUGCCACGAAAUACCAGCUGGCUUAGAUGGACCUCUGCUCUGAUACAGCAGGACUGCACUUACAUUUUGAAUUGCAGGUCCUUUGUACGUGCAGCAUUAUUGUGAAAGUAAUUUCAGUGUGAUGCAAUCCCACACUGUAGGGUGUAUGUGUUUUCCUGUGUAGUUGUUUUAAUGUGUACCCUGUGAAGUGAAAUUGCACCAUUCAGAAGCUGCCUUUGUACUGUGGUACACACAUGUGAAAGGCACCUUGAGUCAUGCUCACUCCUAUGGGGAAUGUUUCCACUCCCAAAUAACAAUACCAGCUAUGGUCUGCAGAUAUGUGCAAACGAAUCUUCCACCUUGCUGAAUCAGACUCCAGCCUGGUGCCCCUGGGAAGCUGAUAAGCAGCAGAAACUAGUGACCACGUUCCUCCAUUGUUUGUUGCUUCAAGUGAAUCAAAGGCAUGCAGCCUGGUAACUGAAGGUACAUGGUCUCUCAGCAUGGAAGUUCUCUUUCAAGCUGUCAUGGCUAAUAAGGACUUGAUAGCCAUGUCCAUGGAAGAUAGAUCUGCUUACACAAUCCCCUCCCCGUAUUUGACUGUAUCUCUGACCACUAGCUGCCUAUUACUCCCCUCUGAUCCAAUCAUGAUUAAGCCUAGCCCUUUUUCACUGUAAGAAACAUUUCCACGAAUGAAGCAGGCACAAACCCUGGUGUCAGCAGCCAAAAGAAGUGUUUGAUUGAGACUUGAUGCCUAUAAUAAUGCAGGAAGGAGUCUGGUCCAUAUUCACAGGACACUAAACCUUGGAAUGGAAAGGGCUGUCCUUUCUCUGCUUCAGCCUUUUGACAGGGGUUUGGUGUCAUAAGACUUCUUUGGGGCUUUUCCUCUUCUCUUUCUCCUCCCCCCAAAUCCCCUUUUUCUUUCCUUCCUGGCCAGAUUGAAAGAUCCGGUCUUCUACUGCCUUGUUCUUAAAUUGCCUGCUUUAGUUACUGAAUUUGCCUUGGGAUGAGUUGCUGCCAGGGAUCAUCUUACACAGUUAA